AUGUUGCAUCACUGGGCCCGCAGCGCCUCGGCCCUGGCCGCCAUCACUGGCUCGCCCAGCUAACUGUCUUGUCCCUCCUACCUUCUCCGUCGCUCGACUGUUGUCAUGUCUUCGCAUAAAAUCAUGAACGAUUCCACCCCGAUCUGUCGGUGCCGGGUGCUCUACCUGGGCUCGGCCGUCCCGCACGUCACCAAGGAUGGCCUUCAGGGAAUUCAGAAGCCGUUGAGAGAACUGUACCCGGAGCAAGGAGCACUAGGAGCUCGCGGAAUCGAUUCUUGGCUCAGCGUCUGGAGCAACGGCCUGCUGCUUGAGAACGUCGAUGAGAACCACAAGAAGGUAACGCGGUUCUUUCCCAUUGACACCCUCCACUAUUGCGCGGCUGUUCGGUAUGUUCUCGUCCCAGAAAAGAAUUCUGUUUCAUUUUCUACUCAACCUAGAUUCCUUCCGUUAGACUCGCCCUUUGCCAGAUCACCAAACCCCAGCCAUCCUCCCUUAUUCGCUGCGAUUCUGCGAAGAACGAUGGGUAUAAACGUUUUGGAAUGUCACACUUUUAUCUGCAAACGUGAAAUGGCUGCCAACGCAUUAGUGCGACGUUGUUUCCAUGCGUAUGCCGAUUUAUCUUCGUACGCGAGGCACAUUGAAUCCGGGGGAAAUGCCAGCAGUGUCUACGGUACCUUGAGGAAUUACAACCGGCCGAUCAUGAGUUCAAAUAGCAUAGAGAAGGUGGAAGGAUGGAGAAGGAUGGCGUCCCAGCCUGCUACUAGUGGCAGCACACUCACUCUCAACAGUACUCUGCAGGCAAAUAUACACCAGAACGGAGGAGACACCUUGGGUUCCAACCCUGACAACUCUAACUCUGUUGACGACAUAUCCAUCUACAACGGGGACGAGAAUCACAAGAUAUGGGCAGGGAGCACCAGGGAUAUAUCUACGGCAGACCGAGAAGGGAACUACGGCGAAUAUGGAGGUAAUACCAUGCGUAGCACUCGAUCUAUGAGGCCCAUACAAGUUGUAAACGCGCCACCUCCGCCACCUCCUCCCGUGAAAGAGGAAAAAAGGAAAGAAAACACAAAGAUAAAAGUAAGAGAAAAGAAAGGGGAAAGCAAAGAAGAAAUGUACCCUAUGAUGAAUGGAUCGUUGAUACGGACAGGCCAUUCUCAAGCUGGCCUUCGCUCACAAAGCUCGAUGAGUGGAACCAUGAUGAAAGGAGGCACAAUGGGUUAUCCGAACCACAUCUACUCUAAUGAGGCAGUUCUGAGGAAGUUCAAUUCUCAGGUUAUGAACGGAUAUCCUCCUCAUCCUCCUCCUCCUCCCCGCCCCCCUCCGGUCUUGAUGGUACCCACGACGUUACCUCAUCCAAGACGAAUGGUAGCAGGGACGUAUUCGCACCGACCGACCAAGUCAGGAGCCGUAGUAAUGCCACCCCGUCCGCACAUUUUACCGCCAAAUUUUGUACCAACCCCGCACCCGAUGUACAUGAAGUCAGGUCGCAAACUCUCCAAACACUGGCCUGUAGCGAUGGAGGAACCUAUUUACAUGCCAUCUACUAGACCCUUGAGCCCCGUCGCUUCGUAUCAACCGGGUCACUUCCCUCACGAGGCGUACCUCAUGCAGCAGUAUGCUACAAUGGACGUGAAAGCCAAAAAGAAAGGAAAAGACAGCAAGAACAAGAAGUCCAUCCCUAUAUUACGAUCAAUCAUAAAUGGACCCGAUCAUAGACCCGAAGACGAGGACGAGGAUGAAUUUCCGUUCAACACAAGCUUGUACCGUAGAAAGGGUAAAGGUAGUAAAAAAUGGAAAGAAGAAGGAGGCUAA